AGCUCAGAUGUGACUCCACCGCCUAUAUCCUUCCCCUUCUUCUCCCUGCUGGUGAGUUCAGUGCAGCAGGACAGGGAGCAGGGACACAGCACUAAGAACCUGUAACUGGGGGUGCCUCAGAGAUGGAGACCAGUGACCCACGGGGGAAAAGAGUCGCUGUUGUCGGUGGUGGUCUGGUGGGUGCAUUAAAUGCCUGUUUCUUUGCGAGACGAGGUUUCUAUGUUGAUGUUUAUGAAGCCAGAGAAGAUAUCCGGGUGGCCAGCUUUACCCGUGGCAGAAGCAUUAACUUGGCCCUGUCCCAUCGAGGACGCCAAGCCCUGCGAGCUGUGGGCAUGGAGGAGCAGAUUGUGUCCAAAGGCAUUCCCAUGCGGGCAAGAAGGAUACACACACCUUCAGGGAAGAAGUAUUCUAUUCCAUAUGGGAAGAAGAACCAGUACAUCUUGUCCGUGGACAGAGCAAACCUGAACAGAGAGCUGCUGACAGCUGCUGAGAAGUACUCCAACACCAAACUGUACUUUGGACACAAGCUCCUGGGGUGCAAUGCAGAGCAGGGGACAUUAACCAUCAAAAGAUCUGACCAGCAACCCUUGGAAGUAGCAUACGACCUCAUUGUGGGAUGUGAUGGAGCCUUCUCAACAGUCAGAAAGCAAUUCAUGAGGCAGACACGUUUUAACUACAGUCAUGAGUACAUUCCUCAUGGAUAUAUGGAGCUGAGCAUCCCUCCCAAGGAUGGAGAUUUUGCCAUGGAACCAAACUACCUCCAUAUCUGGCCAAGAAACACCUUCAUGAUGAUUGCACUGCCCAACAUGGACAAGUCAUUCACCUGCACGCUCUUCAUGCCCUUUGAGGAAUUUGAGAAGCUCACAACGGACGAGCAAGUGCUGGGCUUUUUCCAGACCUACUUCCCAGAUGCCAUACCCCUCAUCGGAGAGCGAGAGCUGAAGCAGGAUUACUUUUUGCUGCCAGCCCAGGCCAUGAUAUCUGUGAAGUGCUCUUCCUACCACCUUGGUUCCCGGUGUGUGCUGAUGGGAGAUGCUGCCCAUGCCAUUGUGCCCUUCUAUGGACAGGGCAUGAAUGCAGGCUUUGAGGAUUGUCUUGUCUUUGAUGAAUUAAUGGACCGCUUCCAUAAUGACCUUGGUGCCUGCCUCCCCGAGUUCUCCAGGCUGAGGGUGCCAGAUGACCACGCCAUCUCAGAUUUAGCCAUGUACAACUACAUAGAGAUGCGCGAGCACGUGAAUUCAACAUGGUUCAUCUUCCGGAAGCACGUGGACAACUUUCUCCACGCCCUCAUGCCUUCCACCAUCGUCCCGCUGUACACCAUGGUGACCUUCACCAGAAUUCGCUACCACGAAGCGGUUCAGCGCUGGAAAUGGCAGAAGAAGAUAAUAAAUCGAGGGCUCUUUGUCAUCGGAGCAGCAGGACUGGGGGGCACCUUCCUCCUCAUAAGGUGGCUGGCUCAGGACUUGGGCUUCUGCAUGGAAAACUUGUGGGGCUGGUCCCGUUAUCUGAAGAAUAUCGGAAAUCUUCCCUUUGGCAUACAAGUGGCUUAAAUGUAAGGGGAGGUCCUGGCUGUAAUAAAAGUGAAGGCAUGGA